AUGUCCUGGGCUGAGCGAUUGUUACACGCGGACAAUCCGGUGGUAUUUUUUGACAUUAGCGUCGGAAAUACUGAAAUAGGAAGAAUUUUAAUCGAACUCUAUGCACAUAUCGCGCCGAAAACGGUCGAAAACUUUCGACAAUUUUGCACUGGUGAAUAUAAACGAGAUGGAGUACCAUGCGGAUAUAAGAAUGCACCAUUUCAUCGCGUGAUCAAAGAUUUCAUGAUACAAGGCGGUGAUAUCAUUAAUGGAGAUGGAACUGGUCUAAUGAGUAUUUAUGGAGGAAAAUUCGCCGACGAAAAUUUUACUUGUAAACACAAUCAAGCGGGUUUGUUGAGUAUGGCGAAUAGUGGAAGAGAUACGAAUGGUUGUCAAUUUUUUAUUACUUGCGCCAAUUGUGACUUUCUUGAUGGAAAACACGUCGUUUUCGGUCGCGUUAUCGAAGGUAUGCUUGUUGUUAGAAAGAUCGAAAAUGUACCGGUGGCAUUAAAUAACAAGCCCAAAAUUCCGGUCAUUAUUUCUCAAUGUGGCGAAAUGUAA